UCAUCUAAUCUAAUCCAACGGUUGAUAAUAAGAUCCAAGUUCAUUCAUCUCCUUCGAAAUUGUGAAGUGUUCAUCUUUUCUUACAGAAGAGCCGGCGAAAACCCUAAUUACUCCUAACCCAUUCCUUGCGCGCCAGGCUAUUCUUUCUGUGCAUAAACGAUGGCUGACGGUGAAUCAGACAAGAACAUUCAGAUAUGGAAGAUAAAAAAUUUGAUCAAAGCACUGGAAGCUGCAAGAGGUAACGGUACUAGCAUGAUUUCUCUGAUAAUGCCUCCACGUGAUCAAAUAUCUCGUGUCACUAAGAUGUUGGGAGAUGAAUUUGGAACUGCUUCAAAUAUCAAAAGUAGGGUAAACCGACAAUCUGUGCUUGGUGCCAUUACUUCUGCUCAACAGAGGUUGAAACUAUAUAACAAGGUUCCUCCAAAUGGAUUGGUCCUUUAUACUGGUACCAUUCUCACUGAUGACGGCAAGGAAAAGAAAGUGACAAUUGAUUUUGAACCUUUCAGACCAAUCAAUGUAUCACUUUAUCUCUGUGAUAACAAAUUUCAUACAGAAGCUCUAAAUGAACUUCUAGAAUCUGAUGACAAGUUUGGUUUUAUUGUUAUGGAUGGAAAUGGAACUCUUUUCGGAACUCUAAGUGGAAAUACUCGUGAGGUGCUUCAUAAAUUUACUGUGGAUCUACCAAAGAAACAUGGUAGAGGAGGGCAGUCAGCUUUGCGUUUUGCUCGUCUUCGCAUGGAAAAACGGCACAAUUAUGUUAGGAAGACUGCGGAACUUGCUACUCAGCAUUUCAUCAACCCUGCUACUAGUCAACCUAAUGUUGCUGGACUUAUACUUGCUGGUUCGGCUGACUUCAAGACUGAGCUGAGCCAGUCAGAUAUGUUUGAUCCACGUUUGCAAGCAAAAAUAUUGAACGUGGUUGAUGUUUCCUAUGGUGGGGAAAAUGGCUUUAACCAAGCUAUUGAAUUAUCUGCUGAGAUUCUAUCUAAUGUGAAGUUCAUACAAGAGAAACGCUUGAUAGGAAAAUAUUUUGAAGAGAUAAGUCAAGAAACCGGGAAAUAUGUUUAUGGAGUUGAUGACACAUUGAAGACCCUUGAGAUGGGUGCUGUUGAAACACUCAUUGUAUGGGAAAAUUUGGAUAUAAAUAGGUAUGUACUGAAAAAUGCUACCACGGGUGAGAUUGUCAUAAAGCAUUUGAAGAAGGAUCAAGAAGCUGAUCAAAGCAACUUCCGCGAUGCAGCUACCAAUGCAGACUUGGAGGUUCAGGAGAAGAUGCCAUUACUUGAGUGGUUUGCUAAUGAGUACAAAAAAUUUGGAUGCUCGCUGGAAUUUGUGACCAACAAAUCUCAAGAAGGGUCACAGUUUUGCAGGGGGUUUGGUGGCAUUGGAGGUAUGCUUCGUUACCAGCUUGAUAUCAGAUCAUUUGAUGAGUUAUCUGAUGAUGAUGGUGGAGUGUACGAGGAUUCCGAUUAAGUGCAUAUUUGGAUUGACAUGAUUUUGGCUGAAACAUGGUGUGUCACAAACUCAUGGUGCCACUUGAUUUUGUUAAGUUCUCAUUGAUUGCAAAAAUGAACUAGUCAUCUGGUAUUUUAGUGCUUUUAAUUGAAUUUUUGUUGUGUAAUUGGAGACUUUCACCAAAUAUUUCCUACAUAUCAUUUUGGAUUUUAUUGUUUUGAAAUAGUAUUGAUACUCAAUCCUUUGUUUA